UGAAACGCCUUUACUCACCUAGCCGCUCUCCUUGCCAAGAGCCGGGGCAGUUUCAAUCAGCGCCAUGCAGCCGAGCGUCCGCGAAAUGGCCGGCGGCGACGGCGGGGGCGGGCCGCAGGCCGACGACUUCUUCGACCAGAUGCUCUCCACGCUGCCCUCCGCGUGGGCCGACCUGGGCGCCGGCAGCAAGUCGCCCUGGGAGCUCGCCGCGGGCGCCGCCGCCGAAGACCCGGCCGCGCAGGCCUUCGGCGACGAGUCGGCGCUGCUCGCGUCCCGCCUCCGGCAGCACCAGACCGGCGGGGACAAGUCCUCCACUGUCAUGCUGCAGCUCAGCGACCUGCACCGUCACGGCCUGGCUGGCGGGGGCGGCGGAGGCGAGGAGAACGGGGGCGGCGGGUUCUCCGCCCCGCUGCCACUGUUCACGGACCGGUCGGCGCCAGCGCGGGAGGAGAUGGAGGGCGGCUUCAAGUCGCCCAACGCCACCGCAGGUGAUCAUCACGCGCUGUUCAACGGGUUCGGGAUGCACGGCGCUGGCGCCGUCCAGCCACAGUUUGGGCAGGGAGGAGCAGUGUCGCCUCAGAGCCUGGGAGGACCAGCAGCGAGCGGCGGGGCGGCACCAGCUGGAGCAGCUUCAUCGGCCGGCGGCGGGGCAGCACCGCCGCGGCAGCAGCGGGUGCGCGCGAGGAGGGGGCAGGCCACUGAUCCCCACAGCAUCGCCGAACGUCUUCGGAGGGAGAGGAUCGCGGAGCGGAUGAAAUCGCUGCAGGAGCUGGUCCCGAAUGCCAACAAGACGGACAAGGCGUCGAUGCUGGACGAGAUCAUCGACUAUGUGAAGUUCCUGCAGCUCCAAGUUAAGGUUCUGAGCAUGAGCCGGCUGGGCGGCGCCGCCGCCGGCAUGGCUCCUCUGGUUGCAAGCAUGUCCUCAGAGGGCAAUAGCAAUGGGAGCAUCAGCAACAGCGGUGGUGCAAAAGGGAGUGUUGCAACCAAGGGCAACGGCAACGGCGAGGGCGGCGGCGGGCUGCGGGUGACGGAGCAGCAGGUGGCGAAGAUGAUGGAGGAGGACAUGGGCACGGCGAUGCAGUACCUGCAGGGCAAGGGCCUGUGCCUCAUGCCCAUCUCCCUCGCGUCCGCCAUCUCCUCCGCCACCUCGUCCGUGUCGCUCCUCUCCCGCCCACCCGUCCGCCACGCCGCCGGCGUAGGUCAGCCGCACGACGGGAACGGCGCCGCAGCGAUGUCGCCGGCGUCGGCUAACGGUGCCGGAGGUGACGAUCCGCGGCCGACAGUGGCGGCGGCGCCGGUGGCGGGAAUCAGUGAAUGAGGCUGGCCACGCGACAACUGUAUCAAAAGAAGGGUGUAACUAAAACCAUGUCAUUUAGCAUCAUGUCAUACUAUCGUAUAUUCGUUUCUCUUAAUCUUUCAUUUGUUAAAGGGAAAUCCAGUGGAUUAUUAUAUAUGCCCUUCCUCCAUUGCCACACGUCCUUUGACCUUUUAGGCAACAAUGUCAUACGGAUGUGCAUAAUUUAUCAUAAUAGUUCGUUUGU